AUGGCCUCUCAUCAUAACAACCGAGUGAUCCAUCGCAACCGUAUCUCGCUGGAGCUCGCCUAUCUGCAACGACUUAUCGGUAUGGGCUUCGACGACUUGAAGGCUGUGCUCUGGGAUACAUUGCCCUGGAUUGCAAUCAACUCGUAUGUAUUGCGUCGCAGGACCGCGGGCGUCAGCGUUGACGGUCUAUACAAAACCAAUGACAAGCUUAUUGCCUAUGUUAGACAGCUAAAGUCAUUCAGCAGUUUUCGUGUUAUCGAACUCGAGCCGGAGAAUCCAGGGCAAGUUGCAAGGGUCCUCAUUGAUCUCGACACCGAAGAUUUUCACGGAAAGCGAGAUCGAUAUGACGGCGAUUGGGGAAAGACCAUUCGGCGUGCCUCCUUCUGUGGUGGUAUUCUCUAUUACACUCUAGAGAGCGAUUCUACUAUUAUAUACAGAGUUGCUUUCCCAGACGGUGCCGUUCUGAGCCCGAUCUAUCCGUCAUGCAGUGUCAAAGACAUGCUUGCUAUUGACAGAUACCUUCUCGUUCAGCCGUUCGAGAUGCGUGAGAUGAUCGCAUUCGAUGUAAAGUCUACAGUGUCUGUGUUCACGAUGCAUGUGCAACACAAAAUUAUAAAACUUCAAGAUGUGUAUCUCACGGACACGUCUGUUCCCUCACUGGUGCUGCUCUAUCUUGCCCAUGGGGAGAGUCAUAAGGAGAAGAUUUGUCUGCAGUAUUCCAGCGAGAUGAACCCUUCACAGGAGUUUGAUAGCCAUGGGGCCACUGCUGUUCGCUUUAUUCCUGGGACUAAUGCUCAUGUAUGCGCUAUGUUGCUGCGAGCAGAUACGAUGGCGAAGAUAGCAGUCAUGGAGACGCGCGUCUCUGGUCAGAUUCUCACUGAAACACAUCUCUUUGGCCCCUACCGGGACGUUUUCCUCUGUGGUACUCGUGACUGGAUGUUACACGUCGUGGCCGAGAAGCCUUAUUCUAAAGACGGCAGAGUUACUAUAGGUGACAACGAUGGUCGAGGUUACCAUGCCGGCGAAGCCUUAGUGUUCUCCCUACAGUGA